GCGAGUACUGCGAACGAAAAAUUCCCUUUUGCACUGAGCAAUACAACCCUUGUGAAAAUAAUGCUCGCUGUGUCGAUCACGAUAGUUAUUAUACUUGCGAGUGUUUACCUGGUUUUAAGGGCAAGAACUGCUCCUCAAACGUAGACGACUGCCAGAACCACAUGUGCCAGAAUGGGGCUACUUGCGUCGAUGGCAUAAACGAAUACUUCUGUAAAUGUUCGGAAGACUUUACAGGAAAAUUCUGCGAAAUCAGCCCCAUAGUGGCGAUGAUGUACCCACAAACUUCCCCAUGCCAGCAACAUGAUUGUGUGCACGGAGUUUGUUUCCAGCCUAGCGGCUCGAACGAUUAUUUGUGCAAAUGUGCACCAGGAUACUCAGGGAAACGUUGUGAGUACUUAACGGGCCUUAGCUUUACUCACAACAAUUCCUACGUCGAACUUGAACCACUACGAAUCAAGCCGGAAGCAAAUGUUACUAUAGUUUUUGCUACCACUCAACAAGACGGUAUAUUAAUUUACGAUGGAUUUAAUGAACAUUUAGCUGUUGAACUCUUCAAUGGAAGAAUCCGAGUUAGUUACAACGUUGGUAACUAUCCAGUUUCCACAAUGUACAGUUUCGAAAUGGUAUCUGAUGGUCAAUACCAUAUAGCUGAACUGAUUGCGAUCAAGAAAAACUUCACCCUUCGUGUGGACAGAGGCUUAGCGAGAAGCAUUAUUAAUGACGGAUCUAAAGAUUACCUCAAGUUAACCACCCCUAUGUAUUUAGGUGGAAUACCACCAGAUCCAGGAGAACAUGCAUUUACCGAUUGGCACUUGAGGAAUUUAACCAGUUUUUCUGGAUGUAUGAGAGAAGUGUGGAUUAAUCACAAGCAAGUCGACUUUGGAAACGCAAAAACGCAACAAAAAGUCCAGCCUGGUUGUGGAAUUACCGAGGAUAAGUCUGAUGACGAAUUGCAGGAAGACGAAACAGAUGAUAUGCUUGAAGAACCACCAGCACUCCCUCCAGAUCCAUGUAUUAACAAUAAAUGUAAACAUGAGAGCAAAUGUCUUCCAAAUGGGAGUGGUGAAUAUUCCUGUCGAUGUAAGCCUGGCUACAAAGGAAAGUACUGCGAGCAAGGUGAGAACGAGUCUCCUACGUGUAAGAAAGAACAAGUAAGGGAGUACUAUUCCGAAAACGGCUGCCGAUCGAGGAAACCACUUAAAAUUGCAAAGUGCAUCGGCUCUUGUGGCACAAGCUGUUGCCAUGCGAAAAAGAGCAAAAGACGAAAGGUUCGUUUAAUAUGCUCCGAUGGUACUCGGUACACCAGAGAUAUUGACGUAGUGCGCAAAUGCGCUUGUACAAAGAAAUGCUACUGACUGUCGUCCGCUACUACAUACAUUUCUAACGAAGUACCAUCCAAAGCUGUUGAAGCCGAACAUACGCAAAACAUAUAUGGGUUUGCUCCUGAAGUCACAAACGAAGCUGAUUUGUAUCCAUUAUCCAACCAACCGGCGCUGAGUCCUUCUUAUUUAACUCAGACUGCUCCUAACGAUGCUGAACCACGUACUGCGCCUGUUGUACAGAAAUCUGAUGCGCAGGCUGUCGAAGGCGUUAAGCUCACAUUUCUCGUGCCUAACGAGACUGAAUCAGGUGAACAUCUAAAUGGCCUGGUAGUUCAGCACAUUGAUGAGAGCGAAUUUGAGCAUGACAAAAAGGAACGGUUUGUUUUGUAUCACGACAAACAGUGUCUACUCUCAGCGUUCUUAUAUUUUACAACAAUCACUUCGUUCGUGUACUUAGCACUCAUUUGGAUCAAGCAGCGUAUGCACGUUCAUCUAGACCAGUUUCAACUGUGGUAGGCUUCCUAAAUUGAGGGCAUAUUAAAAUAAUUUAAUCAAUAGUGUUUGCGUUGUUGUUUUGAGAUGCCUAAAUUGCUUUGCAGCAACAAAAUUAACUUUGAACUAAACAGAACUUUCAUGUUAAACUAUGUGUUUCAUAUAGUAUUUUAAUUCAGUACUUUGACGACCCGUAAAACUGAAUACAACAUUAACUUUUGUUUUUCUGCAAGUAAUUUAGCAACACCAUCAAAACAUAAUAAAAUUAGAAUUUCAGUUCUUAUUACAUGAUUGGACAGCUCUUAUAUUCCUAAAAUUUGAAUUUAAUUUGAAAAAUGAUCUGGAUUAAUAAUAAGAACGUAGACUUUAUCAAUGGAUCUCAGCUGAUCAGAACAAUAUCGUUUCUGAUCACAUAAAAAUACAGAACCAAACUCCCAUCAGUUUUUUCCGUAUUCCUCAAAAUUAGAGUUUUUGUUCCAAAAUUAAUAUAAAACGAUAACCAUCAAAGGGACUGAAUAUUCAAAAGACUUACGCCACUCUGAUCCUAAAGAAACAACCAGUAAAAUAAACCCCAACGUUAGAAACGUAUGUAGUAGCGCAAAUGACCCACUUUAAAGGAUUUUAGAACCUUUAAAGGCCCCUAGCUAUUAAAAAGAACUGUGUAAACACAUACACUUUUGUUACAAAGUUUACUUAUAGUAUUUUAGAGAUUUAUUUAGAACGUAGAAAAUAUUCAGGGUAUUUUCCAAAAAGUGUUCACUACAUUCCUAAUCUUAAAAUUGCUUUAUCAAUAUGUCUGUUCCUAAUAAAUCUGAACAAUAUUAGCCAACAUUUCGUUAUAGAUUUGCUAAAGCCCUGUAUAUCUUAGACGUAACAAGUAUCAAUUAGGUUAAUAUAUUUAUAUUUAUUUUUUUUAUAGCACCCUGUAUAUAUAUUCGCAUAGAGUAAGUAGUAUUUAUUAAGAAGAUUCUUACCAGUAGAUGCAUUGCGUUCGUAUUCGAUUGAAAUAUUAGUUAUGUAUAGGUAUCCUUUUAAUUGUAACGUUUAAUAAUUUGUUCUUCUGACAUUAAUUCUGACCUUACAGCAUGAUUAAACAAGAUAUUAUCGAACCUAUAUUUUAGGUAACAGUGGAAUUGAUUAUUGAUUAUAAUAUAUCUAGAAAAACUGUUUAUACCAUUCAAUAGACUUUGUCUGCUUUAAUUUAUUGAACGUGAAAUCGUUCAAAAAUAAAAUACUCCUGUUUUUUUUUAUAUAGUUGAGAUUAGCUUUAAAAUAUUUCGGUGAUUUUAAAAUGUGUUCAAACAAUUAAUAAGACAUACAGUAAAAAUGUGCGUUAGAUAAGAACAGUACAGUAUUGAAAAUUUCCUGUUCGCGUAGGAAGUAUUAGAGAGAAUGUUCUUUUUACUUAAAAACGUUUGUAGCUGAUAUUGUGAUUGCCUGUCAAAAAAUAGAACGAUCCUCAUUUGCAAAACAUCCAUAAGGACUUAUUAUAGGGAAUAUUUUUGAAAUUUCUCAACAAAUGGAAAAACGUUGAAAGCCAGCUAUAAUACAGACUUAAUAAUCGAUUUAAUAAUUCAUUUUUCAUUUGUUGAAAACGUUUUGAAAUAACUGUAUAUUGUAAAUUAAUUAUCUGAUUACGUAGUAUUAGGCGAAAUACACUUCUUUCAUCAGAACUGUUGUAAAUUAAAUAUUCCUUCUUUAAAUUGUAUAAUUAAAUACCAACCUACUAGUAUAAUUCUGGAUUAAAUUUUGUUAGAAAUCAGAGCUGAUUAAAAUGAAGCAAACACUAUAGCUGAAAAUCCAUUACGUCUAAUCGAGAGUAGCAGUAUUGUACCAUAAAACAUCGCAAAAGCAAAAUUAAUGCUAUCCAUGUAUGGAACUUAAUGCCUAAGUGUAUUACAAUAACAUUUUACCUAUUGUAAUAAUUUUUAUCCCCUUGAAUUGUGUAUAAAAUAUUUAAGAUAAAAAUUGAUUUAAAAAUA